AUUGCACAGAAGGUACAUGGGGUGACAACUGUUCUAAUAAUUGUACAUGUGAUCCUGACCAUACGACAAUAUGUGACAAUGUACUCGGCUGUGUUUGUCAAACCGGAUGGAAUGGAACUAAUUGCACGGAAGAUAUAGAUGAAUGUUUAUCUAAUGUUUGUGUGGAGAAUUCUUACUGUAAUAAUUCUAUCGGGAGUUAUACAUGCACCUGUUAUAAGGGAUACAAAACAUUUAUUGAUGGUUGUAGAGAAUGUUCAACGAAUAGAUUUGGUUUUGAAUGUGAAACACCUUGUAAUUGUGUGGCAAACAAUACGAUCACACCAUCACAGUCAUGUGACCACAUCAAUGGCACGUGCUAUUGUUCACCAUUCUGGACUGGUUCGCAGUGUGAGGUAGACAUAGAUGAAUGCACAUUAAACACAGAUAACUGUACUAGGGAAAAUGAGGGAUGUCAUAAUAUAGAUGGUGGAUAUAUUUGCUCAUGUUUGGUUGGCUACAAAAGGGAUAACGUCACUAAAACAUGCGUGAAUAACACUUCCGAGACUGCACCAAAAACGCCCAGACCAGAUGAUGUCGAAGUGGUAAAUGUCGUACUAACAUUAAAUGUUGACGUGGAAGGCAAUAUAACUGUAGCUGAUACAUAUAAAAGAUACCUGGAGGAAGUUAUCAGAGCGCUUACUGCCAUUUUCAAUGAACGGUUUCCUGGUACUGGUGUACAAAUCAUUAUAAAUUCAAUAAGACUUGGCAGUGUGAUAGCAGACAUUGACAUGUUGGUAAUGAAAAAUGAUGUUUCCAAGAUAACUGUUGUUAUUGCUGAAUUAGCCUCCGGUACAACAAAUAUUACUAUGUUCGGGUCAAAUGUUCCGGUAACAGGAAUUGUGGUGGAUGGCACAAAUGUUACAAUUGGAGACAGUCUGACAGACAAAUUUCUUUGUGAUCUAUACAAGGCAUCGGAAGGUCCUUGCGAGCUUGAUUACAUGUGUGCCAUCUCAAACGGUUUACCAACAUGCGUGUUGAUAAAAGACGAAGAUAAGUUGACGUUGAUCCUUGGUCUUGGACUUGGUAUACCAAUGUUCUUACUGGUGGGAGCAGUGAUUAUACUGGGAAUGGUGCUGUAUAAGUACAAGCGCAAGAAGAGUUCCUUCCGCAGCGACUAUGACGAUCAAAGUAGUUCUGUGCUGUCUGGGAAAUUACCGAUGCGUCUCAAUACAGGUAUACCGACGGGACCAUAUCGUAAUGUCCCAGAUUUACCUCAACACAAGGGCAAUGACAAUUUGACAUCAGACUUUUCACAGUACGGCGUUCAUGGCCGACAUGGUCAAGGUCUAUCACCGUAUCACGAUGUAUCUGCCAUAUACACAAGGAAUGAGUCCCAGUUCAGUCAAGAUGGACAUAGAGAUGGACAUUUUUCCUGGAAAAACCUCCUUGAGGGUAUGCCCCCAAAAGGACAGUUCCACAUAAAAAGACCUGCAGUUGACCAAGAUCCACUUGACGUACAUCUAUAACACUAACACAUUAAUUAGUACCAUGUUAUAUAUAAUCAUUAUUAAAUAUACGGUAUUUGGUAUGGUUUCGAUUGGAAUUGGUUCAAAAGCGUAUAUUUGCAAUGGGCCAGCAGACAUUAGAAAUGCGUGACAUGGUGUGGGCGUUAUUUCGAGAAAGAAUGAGAACAGAAGUUUUUUUAACGCUUAUGACGUGGUGAAAAUGGUCCGUGACAAUUAAUUCAUAAGUGUGGACAGUUAUAAUGUAAAUAUUCAUACAGCCAAAUAUAUUUUCUUUUGCAAAUGUGUUUGUUAGAUAUGUGUAUUAUUGCUGGCAAAAGUUUUUAUAUGUAUGUGUGGGUUAACAGUAAAAAAUAGUAUAUGGAUUUUCCGAAAACUCUCGUAUAUCGUUUGCUAAAAAAAGACAGAUUACAUUGCCAACUUUUGGUCAAAAUGGCUUGGAAAUAAAAUGAUGUCGAAGAUUAUGUUUUCAUUAGAAAUGAUAUAUGUUAUCAUGAACAUUAAAUAAGUUCGCUAAGUUAAUGCCAUCAAGUAAAGAAUCUGUUUAUUUGAAUUUAGCAAAAUACGAGUAGAUAUACUUUGCUUACUUAAUGAGAACACUGUUCAUUAGUCUUUUACAGUUUGCUAUUGUAUUCAACACUUUUUUGUACCAUAUAUACUUAAAUGCUAACUGAAAAUGCACUCCAUUCGUUAAUAUUAAAAAUAUAGGGGACUUAUUAUUACCUUUACACUAAUGCUCACCAUUUGGUAUUUAUGGGAUGUGUAUUGUUUUUUGUUGUUGUUGUUGUUGUUUUUCAUCAUUUCUUGCUAUAAACAAUUGUACAUUGCCAUUGUCGUUUUACUUAUAAAUAAAAACUACGAAAUACAUGUAUAUAAAACAAUUAUCACACUCUGUGACACACGCAUAAUACAAAUUAAUUGUACAAUAAAAAUAACUAGG